UCAUGCUUUAGAAAAAUGGCAGCGAAGGCAAGAAUUUUUGCAGGUCUUUUUCUUAUUUGCACGAUUCUCCCUUCUCUGUCCUCAGCAUUUGCAGAUCAUCUUCCUGAAGUUCUCCUAGCGAACAAUUCUGAUAAAAAUAUUGAUGUGCCAAUCCAUGUUAAUAAUGUUGCUCAUGUCAGCGACGACGAUGACACAAUUUUUGAACUAGAUGGUAAAAAGGGGAAAAAACUGAAAAGGGCAUUGAAGAAAAGGGCACAAAAACAGCAUGAUCUGUGGGAAAAAAUUCUUGAUCAUGACAUCAUUGAAGAAAGCCAACCUGAAGAAGAUGCUGCACCUGUAACUCCAACACCUGUGCCUGUCAAUCCAACCCCAACACCCGUACCUGUUGAUCCAACACCUAAUCCUGUGCCUAUUAAUCCAACGCCUAAUCCCGUGACCGUUAAUCCAACACCUACGAAUGUGCCUGCAGGAUAUCCAGGAGCAACUCUACCACCUGUGACAAUAGGAUAUGGGGGUGCACCUCAAACACCUAAUCCAUCAGCCACACAAACACCUGUGCCUGUACAGCCAGCUCCAGGGCAAAAACAUCCAACACCAGAAGAAAUUAAAGAGCUACGUAAACAUGCUAGAUUGAAAGUGGGAUUUUACGAUGAAAUUUGCCCAAAAGCUGAGAAGAUUAUUAAGGAUGGCAUGAUCAGGGCUUUUGGGAAUGAUUCCAGCAUUGCUGCUGCGAUUCCCCGCCUUCUAUUGCAUGAUUGCUUUGUCAAUGGAUGUGAUGCAUCACUAUUGCUAGACCAGACACCAAGUGGGGCAAGGGUAGAGAAGCUCGCCAACUCCAAUGGACCAACAGUUAGGGGAUUUGAUCUCAUUGACCAGAUCAAGGCUGAGCUUGAGGCAGAAUGCCCCCGCGUAGUCUCGUGCACAGAUCUUUUGGUAUAUUUAUCAAGGGAUGCCUUUGUUGUAUCCGGUGUCCCUCACUAUGACGUGCCUGGUGGACGUCGUGAUGGAAUGGAAUCCCUUGAAGCAAAUGUUCAUGGCAACCUCCCACUUCCUGAUAAUACAGUGGAUACGUUGAUUGACCUCUUCAAAAGGAAAGGCCUGAAUGAAGAGGAUUUGGCAGUUUUAAUUGGUGCCCACUCCAUUGGAGUAGCACACUGUUUCAGCUUCCUUUACCGAUUGGAUAAUCCUCAGAAGGCGGCCAUGGUAGAUCCAAGGCUCGCUGGAGUUAUGAGAUUCACAUGUACCAACCAAAUGAAUACUUUGGCUUUUGAUACCACCACACAGUACAAGAUGGAUUCUAUUUACUACAAGCAGCUGGCUGAAAAAAGAGGACUACUUGAAUCAGAUGUGCUUUUGAGUGAAGAUCCCAGAACAAAGGACUAUAUCCAAAAGUUUGGUGAUGACCAAUCGGGAUGGUUCAACAAGUUGGGCAAGGCCAUGAACAAGUUGGCUUCAAUGCAAGUGCUCACUGGUGACCAGGGGCAGAUCAGGAAACAGUGCAGGGCUGUUAACUGAAAAGCUGGAUAUAAGGCUCUAACAUGCAUCAAAACAGAACUGGUUCCUCUCUUUUUUGUUUUAACCAACUUUUACUUAGUAGCUCAUAGGACCAAUAUAACAAACACACAAAUGGUGCAUGAUAGAUGAGACUUGCUCAUCUACAACAAAUUAAACGUGCAAAGCAAGUCCUUGUCUAAAAUGAGAUCACAAUUUUGUACUUCCAAGUUCUACUUAAGAUAGCUAAUGUAAUUGCUUCAACAGACAAUGCACGGAAAAAAUUAUCUUGUA